GGUGGCUCAUCAUGACUAUAGCCAGCUUCUGUCUCGGCUGUCAGAUAUCGGAGUUCCGCUGUCGCAACGGCAAGUGUGUUCGACUAGACAACUACUGUAACACCAUUGACGACUGUGGUGACAUGUCAGACGAGCCCAGAUAUUGUACAGUGUGUAAUAGAACCUACUACGGCGAUGUAGGCAAGACUUACCAGCUGCAUCUACACAAACCUCAGGAGGGUCGACUACCCUUCCUGUGUCAUCUUACAUUCACUGCCAACGGACACAAUCAUGGGGAACUGGUCCAGCUAAUAUUCGACGCCUUCAACGUGGGCCGGUUCUCUGCCACGGCACUGGACGGUUGUCCGGACGGCCACAUGCAGUUGAUGGAGUUGGGCCGACCCUACACUGGCGGCUCCUGGUGUGGUGCGGCUGCUGGUCACGCCGUCUACUACAGUGAGACUGCCACAGUCACUCUAACAUUGAGGGUCUACCACGCUGCGGCCCCUUUUGAGUUUCUGCUACGCUUCAAGAUGCUAGGGGCGGACGAAGCCGUUGUGCGCUUUGGAAGCCCUGGGGCACCCAUUGACCGAGGGGAAGUUGUUCCAGGCACUUACUGCAGCCGCAACUUUUAUGAAUGCUACCGCAAAAAGUGUCGUCUGCAGUCACCUAACUACCCUGGCAUGUACCCUCGGAAUGUCACAUGCUACCUGACAAUGAGACAGAAGACUGUUCCUACCUGCAAACAUGCAAUGAUCUCCGUCCGCCAACAGAACCACCAUAAAAUGCAAAUUCGCUCUACAGUGACAAGUGACUCAAGCAACAAUGGAACAUCCGCAACCAGUGGGGGUGGAGGAGGAGGAGGAAUUAUGAGAGAGUUGAGAGCCUGGUCGGAAUGUACAGGAGACCGAGACCAUCUCAUCUUCUACGACGGAGCUUCCACAGACGAUCCUGUCAUUGCCAAAUACUGCGGAGGUACUUGGCUGCCAGCAGUCAUCAGCCGCGGGCCAGCCAUGUUGGUAGCGUUCCAUUCUUCUCCAUUUAGUGUGCCUCUACGUUCGGACGGAGCUGCCAGUCCUCUCAGAGGCUUUGAACUCGACGUGGACAUUCUCUACAGCGACUCCUUCUCUUUGGACUACUCCCGACAUGCUCGCAAAUGCGAGUUCUGGGUGAACGCAACACACCCAGACUUGGACGAUACGGCUCGGACCCGUGGACGGACCGGGUAUGUGUCCAGCCCCCGACACACCCUCGCUCCCAACACCACCUGUACUUACCACUUCCGAGGUCACUCCCGAGACCACGUGUGGCUCUACUUCAUCAGCUACUCUCACCAACCACUGAGACCCAACACAACCCACAACUGCUCCACCAGGUUGAGGAUCUGGGACGGAGGUGGGUCUCUAUUGGGGGACCAUUGUGAUGGACCGCGGUUGUGUGAUCACACGUCACUACGCAAUCUCACCAGAGUCACUCGGCCCUGUCUGAUCACAGAGAGCUACGUGACUAGAACCAGCGAGCUGUUGGUUCAACAUCAGAGUGACGAUGGCACGGCCCUUCACCCUUCUCACUUCCGAGCCAGGUACGAGUUUGUGGACACGUGGCUCGGAGGAGAGCCGUGGACGGGCAGACGAGGUGAGACUCCCCCUCCACAACCUUGCUCCAGGGUCUUCCGCAAGGUUAAAUCUGGUUACAUUAAGUCUCCCAGGAACAUAUUUCUGUACGGCCGAGGAGGUGCCAAGAAUCUAUCUUGUGUGUAUCGUCUAGAGGCGAGUCCCGGAGAGAAGGUACGUCUGACACUUCAUAACGCAUCGUUUGGGGAGACUGACUGCUCGGCCGACAAGGACCCUCACACUGGACGGACUGUCUGUGUACGACAGCCUGGGACAAGACUGGUAGAGCUACAGGUUGCUGAUGUGCCUUGGAGGGAUGUCAGGGUGGUGCGAGGUUGCUAUUGUGACAACUCCUCCCUGCCCACAACCUCGACUGCUGGCUCUGUGGUGUUCACUUCACUGUCUAGAGUGCUUGAGAUUACGUUUGUCAUAUCCAAGUUCAAUAUCACCGAAGACUUUGCGGACUUGUACUUCCACGCCACCUUUGAGAUGAUAAAUUCCCCUGAUUGUCCGAGGAAGCAGAGAGUGAGAGGAUCUGGAGGAGAGAUUGAGCUGGUUAGCCCCCCUCAGUUGCGCGCAGAUGUCAACUGCGAGGGGUUGCCUUGGCUGGUUGAGGCUCAUGAGAACAAGAGUCUGUUUCUGCUGACUUGGGGCCACUUCCUACCUCUCACUGGGGAGCCAGACGCUGCUUCAUGUAGCACAAAGAACAGAGUACUCUUGUACACCGGCCGACCACUCAGGCUGCUGAAAGUUGUAUGUCCCUCAACCCCCAAAGAGCGUCAGUUUGCUGUACACGUGUUCUCGGAGGAGUGGUACCUUCAGCCGACACCAGGUAGCAGUAGUGAGCCGUUCCUACAACCACCUAGACCUCCCAGUUUUCUGUUGGAGUUUGUGGGACGGGAGAGUGGAGUGGCAGCCCUGAACUGGCUAGAGAUCAGCCGUAGCAAGUCUGCAUUGCUACAGCAGCUGCAUACUGACUACCCUGACACUUUGGAGCCCCCGGGUAACGAAAGUGUGUCAGUGCCGGGCUGGGAGUGUCCGUAUCGGUGUCCAGAGUUGAACGCUUGCAUCUCAUCAAGCCUGUGGUGCGACGGUCGUCCCAAUUGUCCAUCGGGGUAUGACGAGAGCCCGACACACUGCGGAGUGGGUCGCCAGUUGCUGGCUAUACUGCCUACCUACGCAGCCUUUGGUGGCGUAGCUGCUUCCAUCGCUGCUCUACUGCUGUUUCUAUUGGCAGCACUGCUACACCGUGUGAGACUACGGAGACAACGACGGCUGCUCGGUAAAGUAGGCUCCGCUCAUAGAGUUCCCACAGAGGAACUGCUACUGGACCCUUCCACUGCAACGUCCACAAUGUCCUCCUGACAUCCGAGACAGUCUGUGGAGUUUAUACACGUGGACCGCGAGACUACCGUCUAGGUGCCUUUCUCCACAGCCUAACCUAACUACCAAGCCGCUACCAUGUCACGUGUGUUAACUGUAUCCUGAGUUUCUUCAAUUUAAACAAUUUUUUCAUACCAACAAGAAACUGGAGGUGCAUGAACCAUAUCACAAAAAAUGAAUGUAGGUUUUGUGUGGAAACAAAAUUCCAGCAUAUUGUAUGAAUAGUAAAUAUAUUUGCCUGAAUAAUAAUUUUUUUUCUUUAUUAUUUAGAUCAGGUAAAAGAGUACCUUUUACGAUACUUGUUUAACUUGGUGUUAACGCUUGAUUAUAAAAAUUUAAUUACAUCUUUUUGUACUAGUACCAUUUCAGUUCAGAAUAUUUGAGGGUAUUUUAUAAGUAAAAAUUAAAAAUAACUGUUUAGUAUCAAUUUUAAGUUUUUGCACAAUAAUCAAAUAAUUGAACAUGUAUGGCCUCUGCACAAUGCUGAACAAAUUUCAAAGGAAUUUGAAUACUUUAACAGAAAAACGUUAUUUAGGGUUGCACAAAUAACAUGAUGUGGUAUAUUUCAUUAUUCUUCAAUCUACUUCUCAAGGCCUACCUUAGAUUAAAAGUCUAUAAUAAUUAUGUUUGUUAAUACAUUCAGCUUAACCUUCAAGUGGCUGGUGUGGCAAAGACUUUAUGAAACUACUGAACUUUAUUAGCCCAUUCAGUGAAUUUUGCUUCUGAUGAGAGAAGUUUCAACCUCCGGCUGCUCAACUCGACUAUUUCUUGUGAUAGACUGUAAACAAAUUCACCUGUUUUAUACAAGCAGUAUGUUUAAGAUGUAUUACACAGUUAGUUGUGGUAGGAUCAGAAUGGCCAUAAAUAUUUAAAAUUAAAAAGUUAGUAAAGAAAUCAAUCAGAAAGGUACCUUAUUAUAUCAUUCAGAACAUGUAGAAUCAUGGGUUUGUGAUUAUCGUGUUCUGUGACAAAUAACAGUUAACUGUAUUUUAAAGAUAUUUCUAAGUGUUUUUGUUUGACCAUUACCAUUAAUGCCUAAAUAAAUCAGAUGACAGACUUUAUUCAAGCAAAAUAAAAAUAAAAUGAGCACAGUAAAACAUCUAGAAUGAAAACAAAGAAAGGUGCACAUUUUUUUCCGAUUUAUAUGUAAUGGUCUGUUUAUAUUAAUAAAUAACAACUGCCAAAAAUACUACUGUGAAUUUUAGAUGCUGUAGUUCCAAUUGUCUUAUUGAUUCUACCACGCGGUUCUGAUAAUAAAUAAGUAUUGAUUAUAUUACAACUGUACAUCCUUUGUGUACAAUCACUAGUAACAAAUUUACUCCUAAAGCAUUAAACUAGGGUUAAUUAUAUAGAGUUUAACAAAUGUAUUUACAAUGUUACUUAAAGAGAUAAGUGCUAUUUAGUGAAUAUAUUAGGAAACAAAGUUUACUAUGUAAUAAAUAUUUAUCUAGGUAUUAUAUUUUAAAAAUGUAUAGUUUAAAAUAGACAUUUUUAUUACUAUAAUUUACAUUGUUUUCAUUUAAUCUUGUUGUGGUUCAUUCAGACACAAAUAAGAGCAUAAUGUACACCUAGAAUCAAUAAUUAGAAGGGAAUAAAAAGUCUUGAAUCAUUUCAAACAUUAAAUUUUGUAUACAAGCCUGAUAAAUAUAGCAGCAGGUUAUACUGUAAUAUAUCAUUAUUUACAUGUCGUGUUUCAAAUUGUUAAGAUCAUAAAAAAAUAACUUCUUAACGCACAUAAAGCUAAAGCCAUUUUACGGACAAUUUCCAAAGUUUCAAACAGAAAGAGUUACCUCCAUGACCACACUCCUAUCCUUGUAAUACUAAUUUGUAUCAUUCAAGACGAUAUUAGUGAAUAAGGCUUUUGAAUUUGAAAUAUUAGAAUCUCAAACAUCUCAGAAAUCAGAAUAUAUACGUUUUUCGAAUAGUGAAAAGGAUGCUAUAAAAAUACCUUAGAUUAUUACUUGAUGUGUAUUGAAAAAAAUCAAGUUACUAUUGAAUACUGUUCAUAUUAAUUAUUGCCUUAGUUAUAAAUUGACUGUUCAUCAAUGUUAUUGCAUUCAAAUUCUAUUACGGUUGUGAGUUUAAAUAUAGUUAGUUGUAACUAAACGUUCAUAAUAUUGAUGAGAAAAUCAUUUAGUUCAGUAGUUUAAGCGUAUUUCACAGUUUAGGUGUGUUAAUUUAUUUAUAAAUCAGUUGUGAUAUUAUAUUUUCUGUAAAUUAUAUUUGCUAUUUUCUUCAAACAACAUUUAGUAGUAGGUAGUAAAAUAAGUGAAUGCAUAUAUUCAAAAGAUAUUUUUAUGAAUUCAUGUUAUCAUAAUGUUUUACAACUCUGAAUGAGUUAAAUGAUAUUUUGGGAAGUAAUGCCAGUCAAAGCAAUAAAACUUUUACCUCUUGAAAUUGUUAUUUAUUGGUUUAAGUUUUUUCUUUCAUUCAAACAAUCUCAAGAAGAAAUAUGGUCUGCCAUAACAAUGUAUUUUGAAAUAAAAACUGUCAUAGUAUGCUACUACCACUAAACCUAAUGAAUGGUUAAUCCAAUAGUCAAUGUAAUACUGUAUGUGAUAUUUCAAUUUUUCAGCAGUAAAUUUGUUUUUGGAUAUGGAAAAAACCUCAACAAGUGAAAAGCCAGGAAUAUAAAAGCAUAACAUUACUGAACUAUACUUUUAUAUCAGAAACUUGAAGAGUACUUUGUUUGAGCCAUUAAAUUUAAAUUCCAAUCCGUUUAAGUUUAUAUUUAGGUGAAAUGAUUAGCUUAAAAAUUGCUGUUUUUAUAUGGUACUGUUAUUCUUUUACUGUUUUAUUUUAAAUUUUAACAGAUUGUAAGUAUUGUAUAUAUACUAGACACUAGUUAUGAACACCAAUUGAUCUGUAGCUGCACAGUAGUUAGCUAGUGACUAUAAGGAAUGUAUAGUGUGUUGGCUAUAUUUUUGUUACUCUGUACUUUGGUGUAAUUAUUUGAAUACUAUAAACCUAAGAUGGGCCAUUAUGGAGCCUUUACCAAAAUUGUUAGUAGAUGAUAUGUAGUUUUUUUUAACACUACCUAAAUCUAAAUGAACAAUAGCAUUAUGCCUACGGUAAAAGAAAAUAAUAAUAUGAUCAUAUUUAAAAACAUGAUACAUAUAAUGUGAGUUUCACUUUAUCAGUUCUUAAUAGAAUUGAAAAGAUUCACUUAACAUCAUUGUUUUACUUAACAUCACGAGUAACGGACCAAGGAUUGAUAGAAAAGAAAAAAGAAGUAAAAUUGUAAUGCUUCCAACUUUAACUAACCAGCUGUUUGCCAAUUUAAUUGUUAAUUGUUGGUCGGUGCAAUUAGUGGGUAAUACAAUGAGUUGUACCAUCUCUGUCAGUGUCACGACACCAUCUGUACUGUAUGCGAUAAACUACUAUUACUUGGAAGUACACUUUUAGGCAAUACUUUAUUACUAAACUAACAAAGAAAGAUGUAACAAUGUAUUUUUUUCUUAUAAGUACAGAGUAACACCAUUGUCAAUGAGUACAAUGAUGUAACAAAGAGAGCUUUUAUUGAGAUUAAAGUCCAAUAUUUAAGAUCUAUUUAGGUAAACUGAUCGUGUAGCCAUAAACUCAAGUUGUUCUAUACUAAAUGAAACUUUAACUGAGAUUUCUUACCAAUCUUUAUCAGGUGGUGCUCAACCUAAAGAUGAGGUAAAUAGAUUAUAACACAAACAAAACCAGACAUGUUGUUUGAUAGAGUGAAACGAGAAUGACCAAACUUUUGUGCCAAAACAAUAUAAAACAGUGGUUAAUUUUGCCUAGAAUUUUAAUUAAAUAAUUUUCUUUUAACACAGCCAGUGUAAUGUCUAGAUUUUUGUGAUCAAGAUGUGUUCACAAAUAAAAAAACAGCAUGAAACUGCCUGUUAAUAUUAUAACUUGAUAAAUCUUAUUAGUUUUGGUAAUGCAAUUGGUUUUGUCAUUUAACACUAUAAUAAACAGUUAUAUAAUUUUGGAAAAAUAUGACAUGAAAUGUUAUUUUAUUUUGAAACAUUCCAUUGAUUUGGAAAAAACCUUCACCUAAAGAAUUAAACAAAAUAUUGAAGAAAAUAUUAGUAAAACAUUUUUAAUUAUUCUAAACUUUUUUCAUGUUAUUUUAAAUAAAUCUGUAAACAAAUUUCAGCCUAAUAAAAAAUUAAGUUUGAACUUUAAUAUCUAUGUUAUGGUUAUAUACUUAUUAUUUUUAGAAGGGUGAAGCUAUAACUGUCUUCAUAUUGCACAUAGGUAGGUCAACUGCCAGAUUCACUGUAGGAUAGUCAAUACGGUUGCCAGGCUGUGAAUAAAGCAGGAUUAUUUAGA